CUUUCUCCCCUCCUACUCAUACUAAGAAGCCAGAGAACGUCUCUCCCUUUUCUUCUAUUCUCCUUCUAACCAUUCCUUGUCAAUCUCUAGCUCCAAUUUCUCUAAUGGGUUUCCCUUCUAUUAUUUAUGGCAUUAUACUGCCACGACCUCUUGUAGAACUUCUAGACCUGUGGGCCCAGCUCAAGCUCAUGCUCAGAUUGGCUCUUUUCUAUCUUGGCCUCUUCGAUCCGACCGAUCAAUCCAGUUCUUGGAACGAUCACGGUUACCCGACCGUCUAUUGCCUCUCGCAAUCGUCGCCGCCGAUCACACCUGAGUCGAUCAAGAGGAGGCUCCCGAUCGUAGAAUUCACCGAUUUCGUUGAGCGAUCAGGCAUGGAUGAGCACGAUGAGACGAUCUGCGCCGUCUGCUUGAGUGAUCUGGAGAUGCGCCAUGAGAUCAGAGAGCUGUGCAAUUGCACACAUGUUUUCCACGUGGGGUGCUUGGAUAAGUGGGUGGACCAAGGGCAAGUGACCUGCCCCAUGUGUAGAUCUAAGCUGUUGCCGGAGAAGGAUGAGAACAGGAAGGGUGGAGACUGGUGGUUGGUGGAGAGGAUUUCUUUUCUUUUUGGUGACGAUUUAAUGAGAGAUGGGAAUUGAAUUCAAUGCUGUUUGGUAGUGGUGGCGGUGAAAAAAAACCAUGUAAAUAUCUGUAUUUUUUAAAUUUUUUAAAUUUUUUUAAAUUUUUUUU